UUGUUGUUCGAAGUAUUGAUCGAGUUGGUGAAGAUGAUUCCGAACGAGAUUUUCGCUGAAGAUCUGAUGAGUACUGUCAUCAGGUAUGGUCUUUAUAUCGGAGCGGCUUUCCAGCUGGUGUGCCUGCUCGCCUGCGUGACCCUCACCGACGAGCAGAGCGAACCACAUCCCUAUGAAAAGAGUUACACGGACAGUGAUGAGUGCAGCUCGGAGCAGUCAUCACCAGGUCACCGCGCCACUAUGUCAAGAGCGCGGAGACAUGACAAGAAGAAACGUCGCUAGCUCAGAUCAAAAUGAUGAAGAUGAACUCAUGUUAUGUGAAGUGUAUUUUGUGACUUUGACACUCAUCGGGCUUUAUUUUUGUUUUGAUGACAACUUAUAUUCCAGUGUUGGGGAACAAUCUCUCCUAGAAGUAAUCUUUGAAGUUGUUUUCACCCUUAUAUCCACGAUUCAACGCCGUAGCUACCUUAUGCAUGGAAUAUAAGGUACGCCAGAGACACCAUAAUUACUUGCCUAUAUUCUAAGACAAACAAUGUAGUAUACCAGUUUAACCCAGGAUAUGUUGUAGUAUUGAAGACAAUGGAAGGCUCAAUACCUUUUCUGAAAUAGAAUAUAUGGACUAGGUUUGUAUUAUAGGAUUUUACGUUUAACUAUCAAGUUGGUUUUCAAUAUAACAUGUAAACCCAGGUUAGGAAUAUGUUUGUACACAUCUGUAGAGUUACGCUUCCACAUUUAUAUGGUGUAUGGGUCAGGAGAUAAAUUGUAGCUGACUUGUUAUUGGAAAGCUAUAAUGUGGAUCUUUACAAAGCGAAACUUAAUAAGCAUUAUUAUAGGUGUGCAUGCUCCAUAUCGGCGACCUCAUUGUUCAGGAGAUGUGGAGGUAUUUAAACUCUGCAGCCACAUGUACAAGACUCAGAUCUGGCAGUGGUAAAUAUGAGUGGAUGAUAAUGAUCUCUCACACAACUGAUAUUUGAAGUAAAAAUAGUUUACACUUUUAUUUAAAGUAUUUUUAAAAAGAUUGUGUUGAAAACUUUAGUUCGUAACGAAUGCCACGAUUUUCAAGGGAAAAUAUUCUAUUUGUAAUUUUUGAAGACCUUGUCUAGACGCUAUUUGCAGGGUAAAAAUAUCUUUUUAAUUUAUAAGGUCCAACUUUGAUCUCUGAUUUUUUUUUACUGACAACUGAGCAGUUGCAUAGAGCAGUCUGUAUCUCAGGUGUAAAUCCAUUUACAUGUACAGAGUCAAGAGCACGUCAAGCUAGACACUUAAGAGUCAAUUCUAUGCCCCGUACCAUAAGGUGGUUCAAAGUCAAGCUUGAUCAUGCCCUUACUGUACAUAAUGAUAUUUGUCCAAGCUUCGGAGUUAUAGCAGUUUUACGGUAACAAGAGGCUAUCAUUCAGUAGCUUGAUACAAGAAUUGUUAUGGCACUUGUACAGUCAAGAGCACAUC